UACUGUUUAACUUCAGCCGGCUGAGAAGAGCAGACACACAGUCAAACACAGGGGACACAGGAACUCACACAUAUACACGUGCUGCUAAUACACACAAACAGGUCAGGAGGUCUGUGUGGCUGCUAGCAUGUGUGUGUCGGAGCGUCGUCUCUCUCUGCUCCUCCUCCUCCUGUACGGGGGCUGCUACCUGAUCAUCAGCCCACAGGGAUCAAAAGCUCAAGAGCUGAACUGCACGUGUCAACUGGAAAAUGGGCGAUGUGACGAGGACACCGGAGAAUGCAAGUGUGACCCAGGCUGGGGCGGCGCUACGUGUGGAGAGUGCCUGCGGAUGCCGGGGUGUGUGCACGGCUCCUGCCAUCAGCCCUGGCAGUGCACCUGCGAACCCGGGUGGACCGGACGCUUCUGCGACAAAGACGUGUAUGUGUGUGAGCGCGAGGAGCCGUGUCGUAACGGGGCCACGUGUGUGACGGAGGACAGCGGGGACUACACCUGCCUCUGCCCCGAUGGCUUCCAUGGCCGACACUGCGAGUUCAAGAUGGGACCAUGCUACAACACCAAGUCUCCGUGUAAGAAUGGCGGUCUGUGCGAGGACCUCUCGGGCUUCUCGGCGGUGCUAAAGUGCCGCUGCCUGGCGGGCUUCACGGGCCCACGCUGCGAGACCAACGUGGACGACUGCCGCCUGCAGCCCUGCGCCAACGGCGCCACCUGCGUGGACGGCGUGAACCGCUUCUCCUGCCUGUGCCCGCCGGGCUUCUCGGGCCGCUUCUGCUCCGCCAACCUGGACGACUGCGCCGGCACCCCCUGCCUGAACGGCGGCCGCUGCGUGGACCGCGUCAGCUCGUUCCUGUGCCUGUGCGUGAACGGGUUCUCGGGCAAGACGUGCCAGGUGCCGCCUGGCAGUGGGCGCAGCGGUGGUGGUGGUGGUGGUGGACAGUGGGGGGCGCCAGAGAGGGUGGGACAGACUGGUGGUGGACAGAGAACAAACAACACCCAGGACUCUGGAGUGGCGAGGGGGACAGAGGCGAAGGGACAGUUACAGGGGAAGGCGGAGGGAGAAGGGGACAAGAGGCUGCUGAAGAUCUCAGUCAAGGAGGUGAUGGCCCAGCAUGGGGGCACCGGGUGGGGAGGUCUGUCGGAGGCUCAGCUGAUAACACUGCUGGUGCUGGGUGGGGUGACGCUGGCCAUGGUUGCCCUGACGGGGGCUCUGGUGCUCCGAGGACACUGGCAGAAGCACUGUGCCCCCCACUGCCGAUGCAGACCUCCUCCUCCAUCCUCAUCCUCCCGUUCCUCUGCAUCUUCAUCAUCACCGUCGUCACCGUCAUCAUCACCGUCGCCGUCACCGCUGCGGUUCUUCCGCGGUUGCCGAGCGACGAGGGGGUCGUCGUCUUCGUCGUCAUCGUCGAGGGAACGAGGGCAGGAGGUGAGGCCUUCCUCGUCACCGCUGUCGCAAUCGUCGCCCCCUGCUGAGCAGGAGUGUAAAAUCAGUUUCCUGGAGCCGCCACCCGACCCGCCCGGACUAGAGAAGAAGAAACUAAACAGUGAGAUCAUAUGAAGACACACCUCCCCACAC